AUGACGAGUGCCGUAGCAAAUUACCCUUCACCAGAUGGAUAUGAAAACGACAGCCCCCAGUCGACGCUGGGUCACCUCCUCAAAUGUGUGGGCGAUGCGCGAAGGGACCCGGCCGGAGGCGACGAGACUCCCGCCCACCACGUGCUCGACCUAGGCGUGCCUUCCUCCUCCCUCCCCUUCGUCCUCUCCUUCACCAACAUCACCUAUACCGUCCGGGUGCCCCGCAAGCGGGACAUGUUGUCGGGGGCGAAAACCAUCUUGGACGACAUCUCCUGUGAGGCCCGCGACGGUGAGAUCUUGGCGGUGAUGGGGGCUUCGGGCUCCGGGAAGUCGACCCUCAUCGACGCCCUGGCCAACCGCAUGGCCAAGGGGAGUCUCAAGGGCUCCGUCACCCUCAAUGGGGAGCACCUCGAGUCGAGCCUUCUCAAGCUCAUCUCGGCUUACGUGAUGCAGGACGACCUCCUCUUCCCCAUGCUUACCGUGGAGGAGACCCUCACGUUCGCAGCCGAAUUCCGGCUGCCGCGAACGCUGUCCCGCUCCAAGAAGAAGCUGCGCGUCCAGGCCCUGAUCGACCAGCUCGGGCUGAGGAGCGCCGCCCGCACCGUGAUUGGGGACGAGGGCCACCGUGGGGUCUCGGGCGGCGAGCGGCGCCGAGUCUCCAUCGGGACCGACAUCAUUCACGACCCCAUCCUGCUGUUCCUCGACGAGCCCACGUCCGGCCUGGACUCGACGAGCGCGUACAUGGUGGUCAAGGUGCUGCAGAGGAUUGCGCGCAGCGGGAGCAUCGUCAUCAUGUCCAUACACCAGCCCAGCUACCGCAUCCUCAGCCUGCUCGACCGCAUGAUCUUCCUCUCACGGGGCCAGACCGUCUACAGCGGGCCCCCGUCGGGCCUCCCCAACUUCUUCUCCGACUUCGGGCACCCCAUCCCCGAUGAUGAAAACCGCACCGAGUUCGCCCUAGACCUCAUCCGUGAGCUCGAGGGCUCCCCUGGAGGGACCAAGAGUCUGGUGGAGUUCAACAAGUCGUGGGGAAAGCUUGCUUCUGGGGCCAAUCACCAACAACAAGUAGUAGUAGCCAAUAAUGCUUUGUCCCUCAAGGAAGCAAUAAGCGCCAGCAUCUCGAGAGGAAAGCUCGUCUCCGGGGCGGCCGGUGGUAGCAGCAGUCCGGCAGCUAUGGUCCCCACGUUCGCCAACCCUUUCUGGAUCGAGAUGCUCGUGCUCUCCAAGAGAUCCUUCACCAACUCGCGCCGGAUGCCGGAGCUCUUCGGGGUGCGCAUGGGGGCGGUGAUGGUGACGGGAUUCAUCCUGGCCACCAUCUUCUGGAGGCUGGACAACUCUCCGAAAGGGGUUCAGGAGAGGCUGGGGUUCUUCGCGUUCGCUAUGUCCACCACUUUCUACACGUGCGCGGACGCCCUUCCAGUCUUCCUCCAGGAGAGGUACAUCUUUGUGCGUGAGACGGCGUACAAUGCGUACCGCAGGUCGUCAUACGUGCUCUCCCACGCGCUGGUCUCUCUGCCGUCGCUGCUCGUGCUCUCGCUCGCAUUCGCGGCACUCACCUUCUGGGCGGUGGGGCUUGACGGGAGCUUCGCUUUCUACUUCCUCAUCAUAGCAGCCUCCUUUUGGGCUGGGAACUCCUUCGUGACCUUCCUGUCGGGAGUGGUGCCCCACGUCAUGCUUGGGUACACCAUAGUGGUGGCCAUCCUUGCCUACUUCCUGCUCUUCAGCGGAUUCUUCAUAAACCGGGACAGGAUCCCCCCUUACUGGAUCUGGUUCCACUACAUAUCCCUCGUCAAGUACCCCUACGAGGCCGUCCUGCACAACGAGUUUGAGGACCCGGUGAAGUGCUUCGUGCGAGGGGUCCAGAUAUUCGACAACACGCCGCUGGGAGCAGUGCCGGAGGCCCUCAAGGUUAGGCUGCUCAACAGCCUCAGUAGCUCCCUCGGGAUGCGGAUCACCAGCCAGACGUGCGUCACCACCGGAGCAGAUAUACUGCAGCAGCAGGGGAUCACGGACUUGAGCAAGUGGAGCUGCCUUUGGGUCACGGUUGCCUGGGGAUUCUUCUUCAGGAUACUCUUCUACCUCUCGCUGCUGGCCGGCAGCAAAAACAAGAGGGCCUGA